UUGGCGCCUAUAAUUUCUUUUUCCCUCUUCUCUCAUUUUCACGUUCAAAUCUCUCUCUCUCUCUCUCUCUCUCUCUCUCUCCAUCUCUAUCUUCGCGCUACUCAUCUCACUCUCAUUCUGACUCCGCUACUCAUCUCACUCUCAUCCCAACUCCUCCAUCGGCAAGAGCUCGAAUCUGCAGAGCAUCAACGUCGAAACACACUAUAAUAUAAGGAACCAGGGAUUCUAGAGAGCUCGAAUUUGCUGAGCAAGUUGUUGCCCUCGUAAACCCUAACAUUGACUUGAAUCUCAUGCUCUAGGUCGACGACCCUAUGUGAUCUCCAAAUUCGCUCUUAAUUUCCAAAUUCGACUCCCUCAAGUAAAAGCUGCCUCAUUUGUUUCAUGGUUUAUAUGUGUUUGCUUAAUUUACUACUCAUAAUUGAUAGAAUUCCCGACAUCAUUGGAAUUACAGAUGUGUCUUGCCUAAAUAAGGAUGGUCCAGAAGCUUGGCAUGUCCAGUUUUUUCGUUCAAUUGAUUCCAAUUCUGUGAAGGGGUUUCCAAAAGUCCCAAAAGAUGCCACAAGCAGGGACCUGGUAUAUGGGAAGAAUGUCCUAAUAGACAUGAGUAUACAUACUGCAUAUGUAAAGGCAAUCUGUGCUGGCCAACAUUUCAUUUACAUCGAGAACCAGUACUUCCUUGGGUCAUCAUACAAUUGGACUAACCACAGAGACUUGGGUGCAAAAAAUUUAAUACGAAUGGAAACUGCUCUCAAAAUUGCAAAUAAAAUCAGAGCAGAGAGAUUUUCUGCAUAUAUUGUCAUCCCAAUGUGGCCGGAGGGUGUGCCUACAGGUGCUCCGACUCAAAGGAUUCUUCUGUGGCAAGUAUGUGAUCAUUCAAGUAUUUUUUUUUUUAAUGGACACCAAACAUUACUUUAGUUUUAUGUGUAUAAUUUUAUAGAUUCUCUUUUUUCUAAUUUUAUUUUUCAAAAGAUAACUAUUAGAUUUCUGAACAGAUUUUGCUACUAGGUGAUACUCAAUGACAUACACAUAUCCUUAUUAUGCUUUUUAUCUACCUAUAACAUUUGACAAUUUAUUAUAUUCGUAUGUUGGGCAUGGUAGUGCCAACUGGUGGUCUAGUGUUCAUGUACCUUUUGUUUGUUAACAUGCAUCAAUGAGACCAAGUAUUAGUGUUCCAAAGUUCAAGGACACCAUUGGAUGUCCAUCAGUCUUUCUAUUUAUAGGAUUUUUGACACUGCUAAUUGUUUAUUAUGAGCAUGAUUGCAAGAUUUUGUAACUGGAGACAGUAUAUUCUUGUGCUAGUAUGUGUUUAUUUACCAAUAACAUCAGAUGGUAUAUGUUGUUUAUGUGGGACAUGGACAUACUGGAGAAGUGUUUGUAAACAUUCAUUCAUUGAUCAAAUUGAAUAUAAAAUUUCCAAAAUUCUCAUGGACUUCUCACCUUGUUUUGUUUCUAUCCAAUUUACCCAACCGAGAGUUUACAUCUACUGUAAGGUAUUAUCACUACAAGAAAACUGGGUAUAUGAGACGGAACUAUUUGCGACGGCACACUUG